AUGCUCAUCUCGCCCAACUCGUCCAGUAAGCCCGCCCACGGCGAGGCCGACUUGGCCGAAGACGUCGAUGAACCCCCUGAACACGUCAUGCACGCCACCUCGAUGAACUCUGAUCAGAUCGUGCUUGCUCGGCCAACGGUGACCCGCAAGGAAUCACUGCUCACGCGCGCGUUGAAGAGCAGCCCGGAGAUGUCCCCAACCGAUCCACACGCCCCCCACUACGACUCCUAUAUGUACCGAUCCUACCCUCAUAGCAACAUCAGUGGCGUCUCGACCGCCGAAUUGACCAGCGACGGCGGCCUCACAAGUCCAUCCUUGUCUAAUACUCCCAGCCCACCUUUACCACAGAUGAUGAAAAAUGCCGCAUUGAUGGGGAAGAAGAAUUUGACCCCUAAAGUGAAGGUCGCUGAUACCAGUGAAACUUCCGUCGAGGCCAACCUUGGCCGCAAACGAUGCAUUAGCUUUGCAUGUGGUCGUAAGACUGAUGACAAGAAUGAGCUGGGAUCUCCCGUCUCACCCUCCGGGUCACAAGUGCUCCCACCCAAAGCCCAAACACCGAAGGAGCUUCCCACGGAGGAAGUCUCGAUUCAACCCCUCAAGCGCAAAACCACACUUACUUUUGCGUGCCCUGGACGGGAGACUGUUUGCCAGAGAGAACGAUCUCCGGCGCGCAAGACCUCCAUCCGGCCGCGAUGCCGUGGCUCCCCUGCACCUGCAGUUCGCAGAGCCUCUCCCAUUUCGAAGGAAACCCCCAAGGAGAUUCCCAAUGAUGAGGCUGUCUCUGCGUCUACAGACCGCAAGGGUGUCCCGACCAGUGGACUGGGCAAGUUCGAGGAAUCCGAAGCUACCCGGUUCCACGAGUUUGCUAGCUCUAUGGACGAAGACGAUGAAUGGGUGAACAGGGAGGCCGACUAUACGCAAAAAAUCACUUUGAACGACUGUAUGAAGAAAGAAAUGGCCAUCCGACGGCUCGGUGAACAGGCAGAGGAAGAGGCUUUGGAGGAGGAAGAGGAUAUGGACGACCUUCCGGACGACGACGAGACUGUGCACGACUUCUCUUCAGACGACGGUAAUGAAUCGGACAACGAGGCUGGCUUCGCAGAGUCGGAUGAGAGCGACGAUGAUGGCUCCGACGUCGAGUUCUGGGGAUCAUCACACCGUGUCCCAGAACCCUCCAGCCAAACCAUCGAUGCACGCCCCUCGACCAUAGAACGCCGGGCCUCGAACACAUCUUUCGACUCCAUGACGGACGACCACUCGAACUGGCUUCCAGCCCCCGUACAAAGGAUCAGUAGCCGUCGCGCUUCGAAGACCUCUCAUAGCAUCCGGAUUCGUCCGAGGACCCCGAACCUUCCUGAUAGUACCGACUUUGUUUGUGGAACUCUCGACGAGGAUCGUCCCCUCGAACUCGCCUAUAAAACUUGUCUCGAAGAACGGCGCCGCCUAAAAGAAGUUGUCAUCCCGCAAGAUAUCGACCCCAGCUUCCCUACCAGCGAUCCGGAGGACAAUGAAGACCUCGAACCAUCCGAAGAAGAGCUUUCCAGUGUGCCCUCCAUCACAGGUCGCCGUGAUGAAGCUACCCGAGGACGGCCAGAGGGCGAGGCCCGCAAGCACUCCCCCCGUCGUUCUCCCAGGCGUUUGAUGUCCCCACCACCCCGUCGCGCUGGCCGUAUCUCUCCCAAGCGUCUCAAGUCCCCACCCCCACCCAUGAGAACGAAGUCGCCCACCCCAGCCACGUGGGAACUCACCGAUGAUAUGCCCAUCGUCGAGUCUCUCGGAGGUGUCAACAUCAGCCACCUGGUUCAGCGCCGGCCUCUCGUCCGUACCAAGUCACUCCCCCGCGUCCCCAACCCUUUCUUCACCGGCCUGGACAAGGAUCACCGUUGGCAAGGUAUCCCGCCAUUCUCUGAGUCGCCAGAGCACGAACACUCACGUACCCGUGAGCUACACACUCGUGGCCCAGUCGACAUUGUCGAAGGGCUCGAGAAGAAGCGCCAGAAACGCAAAGAAAAGUUCUGGCGUCAACACUGCCGCAAAGCUGCCAAAGAGCAGUUAGGCAAACGGCCUGUUCCAGGCCAUGGAGCCGAACGGAUGAAGGAGCUUGGCCUCGAAGUUGCUGAGAGGUGCAGAGCUUACGGCGUCGGUCAAGACGCCCAGCUCGUCCUAUCCGUUUAG